UCGACACUUUAAGUAUGAAAUAUUUUGGUCAAACAGUGCUUUAACGAUUGAAUUUUGAAAAUAUUUGUGACCAGGUUGAGUUGAAAUGCAGUUUUAGAUGAUUAAUUAUUGGCUGUUUAAACGAACGAGAUAGAAUUUUAUAGUUUAAGAUGAAUAUAGAAGAUUUGGCAAAAGUCUCCACCGAUUGUGAAGAUUUCAGUGGUUUUGAUUGUAAUGGUUACUUCGUACCGACUACCUCGCAAUGGUUUCACAGUCAUGGAAAUUUUGCUAUAUUUCUGGUGGUGCUUGGGGUGGUAACGGUUGCGACGACUUGUUAUCUGGCAAUUAGAACUUGCGUCGCAAUUUGUUUUCGGACAAAAGAGACCGACACAUUCAAGACGAAUACAUGCAUCAUUUUUGCCAUUUACCCGAUUGCUUCUCUAUGCAGCUUCAUCGCACUUCUAGUUCCCAGGACGCAGUUGUUGGCGGAAGCACUGACUUUGGCUGCUUUGACUAUUGGAGUUUAUCGGCUAUACAUAUACGUGUUGGAACUAGCCAGUAGAAAAUCUGCCAAACUACCACCCAUAGAAUUGGCUGGCCGUAGGUUUUUGUGGUUCAAGCUCCCCGAAGAUAUCCAAUCUGACAAUGUUUAUUCAUGGCUCAGAAUCGCCGUACUUCAAUUGCCACUGGUUCAGGGACUAAUCAGCUGCCUUCUGCUGUUCGUGGCAGCCGAGUCGCCGUCGACAGCCUACAGCCAAGGAAUCUGUGUUAUGCCGGCUGUAAUUCUAAGCAUCGUCGUAGGUGUGUUUGGACUCGACAAACUUACGAGCAGCCUCGAGCCUCUUUUACCCAAGGCGAAACUAAAACACAAGACGCUGGUAGUCAAGCUGGUCUUCGUCUUCUCCAAGCUCCAACUCUUCAUACUCAAGGGCCUCCUAUUAACGGAAUGGAUUCCUUGCCGUCCACCAGUCACGCCGCGCCUUCACAUCUACCUUGCGUACAACGUACUGAUGCUGCUGGAGAUGACGAUGCUAUGCUACGCAGCCUCCUGCAUAUACACCGAGAGUCUGGCGGACAAUGCAGAUGUAGAAGGCCGAGAUCCACCAGAAGCAGCAGAAUCCAACGGGCUGCCGCCACCGCCGCAGCAGCAAAGCAAUGGACACUGCGCAACGCUGGAUGCAGCAGCACCAGAAUCCAACGGGUUGCCGCCGCAGCAGCAGCAAAGCAAUGGACACUGCACAACAGCGGAUACAGCGGCACAGGCGACGCUGUCGUCAAAACCACUACCCUAAGCGAGCGUGGCAGAUCAAAGGAUGCGCGCGAGCCGAGCUUAAGUGAUAUGGAUACUCCGUAUCUCUCCUGUCUGCGCGCGUGUAUGUGUGCCGUUGCUGCCGUCGCCGAUGCCGCUGCAGUGCGGGCGCGCUUUGUACAAUAAAAAGAAUGGAUUUUCGGCUGCUUCGACGGUGGCGGCGGCGGCGGCAUCGCGUCUAUCGACUGUCGUGCCCAGGAGCUUUCUCGGUGGGCGGGAUUUAGCGCUUGUCUGCCGGCUACCUGCUCCUCUUGGAUACGCAUCGGCAAAUAAGUAGACGCGAACGGGGCCAAUGCAAGAAUUAUUUAUUGCAGCCUAAUGCUGACGCGUGCCUGCGGAGCUGAAUUUUUCUCUCGGCGAAUGUGCACAUUUUUGCGACUCUAGUAAAUUAUAUGUACGUCCAUUCAGAUUUUAAGCAGGCUAAAUGUCAAGUUAUUUCUUCAACUUUUUUUCAUCGAAAAAUUCGAAAAUGUACAAUUGAAAAGUUUUACCGUUGUAUUAUAUUGUAUUCGAUGUGUGCAAAUGCCACGUCAAUGUAUAUGUAAACUUAUUGACUUGACGCUGAUGAAUAACAGUUAGCUGUAUUCGAAUGUUACAUGAGUACAAAGCAAUAUUUUCUUAACCCUCUUUCUCAAUUCAGAAGUAUGCGUGAUAUUUUGCAUGCACGGUGUAGUUAGCCAAUUGUUUUCUGUUAUUUUUACUUUGGUGCCUUGUUCAUUUGGUGUAUAAAUAUGUAAUUGUUGAAAGUUUUUGUAUGGUUUUGUAUGAAAUAAAAAAG